GUCAGGGCAACUCAUUUCUUCUUCUCUUCUUUCCCCACCCCCCACCCCAUGAAAAUAUCCAUGGCAGGGAAUUGCGUGGUUUCUCAGACAGAUUCUUAAAAAAUAGAACCCGGCAAGAGAGCCCCUUUGUGAGAGCCGUUUGUCCUCAUUAGCAUAAUUUUCCUGGACUUUAGUGACGCCUAGGAAGGAGAGGGAGGGCGUGGGGUGGGGGAGGCCGCCCUCCUCCCGCUGCCGCCGAGCUCGCUCUGCUCCUGUUCCUCCCCUCGCCUCAGCCCCAUCCCCCACGCCGGCGCUUCCCUAGCCGCUCUGCUCUCCCCUCCCGCCCGCCCCGGCACCCCUUACCGCACCCCCCGACCGACCCCUGCUCGGCGCAGUAUUCAUAAGAAACAUACCCAAGUCGGUGCCACUAGCCCCGCGGAGCCCGGCCGCGCCAGCGCUUAUCUGGGGCCGCGGCCGCGGGUAGGGCGGGGGCGGGCGUGGGGGAGGGGAGGGGAGGGGGUCCAGCCGCCCCAGUCCGCCGGGGGCCAGCCGCCGGAGCAGCUAGCGGUCCGGCUCUCCGCCGAGUCCCGGCCUUGGGGUCUCCCGCACGCCCGCACGCCGGCUCGGCGGAUGCUGAGGGUCGGUGGCCAUCCCGCGCGGAGGGGACCCGGGGCCGCAGCCUGAGCCCGAGCCCGCGGCGGCCGUCAGAAGUUAAGGUCUGCGCGCGGCGGCCAUUGGCGGAGGAGUGUCACGUGACCGCGGGGGCGUGCCAAUGUGCUCCCUUACGGGUGUCAAGCCCUUGUCAGAGAGUGUGAUCACGAUCGUGAAACAUCGCGAUGCAAAAAGCGACCUACUACGACAGCUCGGCGAUCUACGGUGGCUACCCCUACCAAGCAGCCAAUGGGUUCGCUUACAAUGCCAGUCAGCAGCCAUACGCGCCGUCCGCCGCUCUGGGAACCGAUGGUAUUGAGUACCAUCGACCCGCCUGCUCCCUCCAGUCUCCCGCCAGCGCUGGGGGCCACCCCAAAGCUCAUGAGCUGAGCGAAGCUUGUCUGCGCACCCUGAGCGGCCCUCCUAGCCAGCCCCCAGGCCUGGGUGACCCUUCUCUGCCUCCACCUCCUCCCCAGGCAGCGCCCCCAGCCCCACAGCCUCCACAGCCCCCACCACAGCCCCCUGCGCCCACCCCUGCAGCUCCUCCGCCCCCCUCAUCUGUCUCGCCCCCUCAAAGUGCCAACAGCAACCCUACCCCUGCCAGCACAGCCAAGAGCCCCCUGCUUAACUCUCCCACCGUGGGCAAACAAAUCUUCCCCUGGAUGAAAGAGUCAAGGCAGAACACUAAGCAGAAAACCAGCGGCUCCAGCUCAGGGGAGAGCUGCGCUGGUGACAAGAGCCCGCCUGGGCAGGCCUCGUCCAAGCGCGCGCGCACGGCGUACACGAGCGCGCAGCUGGUGGAGCUGGAGAAGGAGUUCCACUUCAACCGCUACCUAUGCCGGCCGCGCCGAGUGGAGAUGGCCAACCUGCUGAACCUCACGGAGCGCCAGAUCAAGAUCUGGUUCCAGAACCGCCGCAUGAAGUACAAGAAAGACCAGAAGGGCAAAGGCAUGCUGACCUCGUCUGGGGGCCAGUCUCCAAGUCGUAGCCCCGUGCCUCCCGGUGCAGGAGGCUAUCUGAAUUCUAUGCAUUCACUGGUCAACAGUGUCCCAUAUGAGCCCCAGUCACCCCCUCCUUUCUCCAAGCCCCCCCAAGGCGCCUACGGGUUGCCUCCUGCCUCCUACCCUGCUCCCCUGCCCAGCUGCGCUCCCCCACCUCCCCCACAGAAACGCUACCCAGCGGCGGGGUCAGGCGCAGGGGGCACCCCUGACUACGAUCCGCAUGCUCACGGCCUGCAGGGCAACGGCAGCUAUGGGACCCCACACUUACAGGGAAGCCCCGUCUUCGUAGGGGGCAGCUAUGUGGAGCCCAUGAGCAACUCUGGGCCAGCACUCUUUGGCCUAACUCACCUUCCCCACACCACCUCGGCUGCCAUGGACUACGGGGGCACUGGGCCGCUGGGCAGCGGUCACCACCAUGGGCCGGGACCUGGGGAGCCACACCCCACCUACACGGACCUUACUGCCCACCAUCCUUCUCAGGGAAGAAUUCAGGAAGCGCCCAAGCUCACUCAUCUGUGAUGAUGGGCUUAGGGCUGCGAGCCAGGAGAGUUGCCACCCACCCUUCUUUGGUUUCUUUUUCCUUUAUUUGUUUUGCGUUCUUUUUGCCUUUCCCCUUUCUCCUCUGCACCCCUCCCUCAUUUUGUUUUCUUUGGUAAUGCGUCUUUAUAGUUUAUGUGACGUAGCAAUCUUGGUUGCUGGAAAGGCUGUCCGUAUCAGUAGCAACAUUUACCACCACCCCGCCUCGCCCCGGCCUCUGGCCCUGCAUUCUUUACCUUCUACUCUUUGAUAAGAAACAGGGUAUAUGAACAAACUUUCUAGUCAAGUGAGUUUUCAAUGUGAAUUUGUUCAUACUUUAUGGCUCCCGAGAGGAAGCAACUGCGUUUUUUUUUU